AUGUACGCGGGGGCAACAACAGCCGCGAGCGGGGGCCCGCCGGGUGAGGCCUUCCCUGCCGCGGCGACUCCUCCCUCCGCUUCUUCUGUGCGUCCUUCCUCGUCUUUUUUUUCCUCUUCCGCGUCGGAAGCUUUCAAGGAGCUGCUUGAGAAGGCCAUUCAGAUGUACCUGCCGCCCAACUACGACUUUGAAGUUGCGAAGUCGCUGCGGCGGUUGAACGCGGAGCGAAGUCGGCACGUCGCGCUCCAGCUCCCCGAAGGCUUGUUGACGUGGUCCCUGCAGCUGGCCUCGAUCCUCAAGUUUUUCUCGGAGACCGUGGAGGAAGUGACGAUCCUCAGCGACGUGACUUACGGCGCCUGCUGCGUCGACGACCUCACGGCAGACGCCCUGGGCUGCGAUUUCCUCAUCCACUACGGCCACUCCUGUCUCGUGCCCACCACGCAUGCAUCCACUUUCCGCAAUGCACGCAGCAGCUCGCAGCAAAGCCAAGCAGACGCAGAGAAAGUGAAGGGACUCGGCUGUCUGUACGUCUUUGUAGACAUCCUCGUAGACCCACGCCCGCUGUGCGACGUCAUCAAAAAACACUUCUCACCAGACUCCCGCCUCGCGCUGCUCGGAACGAUUCAGUAUGCCAAAUUCACGCUGGCUGUCAAGCGUCACCUGCAGCAAGAAGGCUAUUUCCACGUCCCGCCGCUCAUCCCUCAGAGGUCACCGCUGACUGCAGGGGAAGUCCUGGGGUGCACGUCGCCAAAGUUGCCGGAGCGGAGAAGGACACAACCGGCUGUCGCUUCUGCGAACGACUCCUCUGAAUCGCCCUGCCCCGCACCUUCCGCUUCUUCCCCGUCGAACGCGUGUUGCCAAAGUUCUGCCUGUUCCUCGGAGCAGCGGCUGACGCCUCGUGGAAAGACCGACGGCGAGGGCCCCGAGGGAGGCGCAGAGAAUGCGGGAUACUCGUUGGACGUGGAAGAUGCAGCGCAAUCGUCUGUCUCUCUCCAGCUGAUGCCUCUGAAGAAGGACGAAGACGGGAUCGAUGAAGUGAUCUUCGUCGCCGACGGAAGAUUCCACCUCGAGGCGUGCAUGAUUCAAAACCCGACUCUGCGCUUCCUGCGCUAUGACCCGUUCCUCAAGCGACUGUUCCGGGAAUCGUACAACCACGCUCAGCUCCACCGCAGUCGCCAAGCAGCGAUCGAGGCGGCUCGGUGUGCGAGAAGCGUCGCGCUUCUCCUCAGCACUCUCGGGCGUCAAGGCAGCGUCGGAAUUCUCGAGGGGUUGAUGGACCUUUUGGAGAGACGCGACGUGCCGUACUGCGUCAUUCUCCUCAGUGAAAUCAGUCCCCAGAAGAUCAAACCCCUUGCCAAGCAGAUCGACUGUUUCGUUCAGGUUGCAUGCCCGCGUCUCUCCAUCGACUGGGGUUCGGGCUACGCGGCGGGGGGAAGGCCCGUGCUGACGCCCUACGAGGCUCACGUCGCCUUUGGGGACGAAAAAUACCGAGACGUCUACCCCAUGGACUACUACAGCAAGGACGGCGGCCCGUGGAGCAACUACAACACGAAAGCUGGUCACCGGAGUGGAAGUCUGGCUCCCGUGGUGUCCCCUCAAGACCGGAAGGCGCAACUUCGGGCGCGACUGCUCGCGCGCCAGAGAGAACAGAAAAGCAAUUGA